AUGCAUAAUGUUAUAGUUUAAAUUGUUGUAGUUAUUGAAAGCUAUUUCUUCAAUUUAGGUCAGCUAAUUUUGGAAAUGGAGCAGGUCGUAAAAGAUGUUUUCCAAGUAACGACAAUAUACUCAGCCAACAAUAUAUACUCUACAACAUAUGAUUAUAGUUCAAAUUCUGUUUUAAGUUAAAAUAUUUAAACUCAAAUAUAAAAUUGUUUACCUGCAGCUGGUGUUUAUUCUUAGAUUUCUUCUAUUUGCUUAGAAGCAACACUUGACUAGAGUAUGGGUGACUAUCAAAAAUACUUAUUAGGACCAUUUAUGGAUUUAGAUAAUUACAUUCCAAAUUUAUAUUAGCAAUAAAAUUAUGCUGAUAAGGUAUAUAGAGUAAUGAUAUAAACUUAUUCAAAUCCUCCGCCUCCACCAGCAUCAGGUACUUCAGCUGGGAGAGAUUUAAAAAGAAAUAUAUUUAAAAUAUAUCCUGCAUCAUAUUUAGACUGCUAAUCUGGAAGUGGUCCAAAUUAAUACACAGUAGAUAGUAGAUUCUACUAGAAUCAACAAUAAAAUAUGGAGAUUAUUUACUAAUAAAGUUUGGUAUAGAAAAUAUUUAUAUAAGGUCCUUAUGAGGUCUUUGAUUACCCAAGCUCUAAAAAUAUAUAAGUUAUGUCACUAUCAAAUACAUUUAUGGCCUAAAUUAACUCUGAAAAAAUAUUUUUUAAUAUUAGAGUGGAAUUACUAAUGUCAACGAUAGAUGCUUUCUUAAAACAGCAAAAUUAUUAAUCAAAAAAUGAAAUAAUCAUUGUAAAUAAAAACGGAACUUUUGUCUAUAUUACUGACUAUUGGUAAUUGAAUCAGCAGUCUCUUUAUAUUUUUGAUUAAACUAUGCAAAAAUUUAGUGGGCUCGAUGAAUAGACUUUUUAGGAUUUAGUAGUAAAUUAAGAAUAAAUUUAAGUCAAUAAACUCAACAAAGAUGGAUAAUUUAAAGAGUUUUUAGUUUCUCCAAUACUUCUUAACAAUACAUUUGAUGCAAACGAUAUUACUCAAUACCUAUAAACUGGAGUCUACGAUGUUUAGAAUAAUAGCUACUUUGUGAUUUUAUUAUAUGGAGAGAAAGACCAAAUGUAUGAAGUUAUAAGUAAAAUAGAAUCUCUGGCUUAAUCUCAAAAAUAUAUUACUAAACUUAUAUGCGUCAUAACAAGCUUUGUAACAAUAAUUCUUGUAUAUGUUGCUACAUAUAUUGUGUCAGUAAAAGUAGACAGACCAUUAAAAUUAAUUAUAAAUAUUCUUAAGAAGCUUAAUAAUAGUGUCACAUUAUAGCAAAAUGUAUUACUGAGGAUAAAAGAUUAGCUUUUAUUUUAGUCAAGAAACAGCCAAUACUAAGUAAGAGAUCUGUUACUCACCUUUAUAGAUCUUAUAGAAACACUAAUUUAAAGAUUCUAAGACAAAACAAAUAAUACUAUUUCUAUUACUAUUGAGUAUCCUUUGAAUGAUUUAGAAACAAGCUUCCUCCAAAAAACUAAAGGCAAAAAAUUUGAAUUUGAUUGGGAAAAUCUGAAUGUUAAAAACUAACAAUCUAAAAACGAACAGUUUGGUGAAGCAAACGAUUAAGAUUAACAACCAAAAAAAUAAGAAUGA